CUAGAAAGGACUUGAAGACUACUGACAAAAUGCACAUGCUGACAGGCAUGCAGCGGUGUGUGUGGGCUAUCUUGCUCUUGCCCUAUCUUCUUACCCUAAGCAUCCCGCUAGACUGUAGGGAAGAGCAGGGUAGCCUCUCCCGCUGCCCCUCCAUCUCCCAAGAGAAACUUCUAGACCGAGUCAUCCAGCAUGCUGAGCUAAUCUACCGUGUCUCAGAAGAAUCAUGCUCUUUGUUUGAGGAGAUGUUCAUCCCGUUCCCAUUGCAGCUCCAGAGGAACCAAGCAAGCUAUGCAUGCAUCACAAAAGCUUUACCCAUCCCCAGCUCCAAAGGUGAAAUCCAACAGAUAUCUAACAAAUGGUUGCUCCACUCUGUGCUGAUGCUCGUCCAGUCGUGGAUCGAGCCUUUGGUCUACCUGCAGACCUCACUGGAUCACAACGAUGCCGCUCCUGAAAUGCUGCUCAACAAGACCAAGUGGGUGUCUGAGAAACUGAUCAGUCUGGAGCAAGGGGUUGUGGUCCUCAUUAAGAAGAUGUUGGAUGAGGGAAUGUUGACUGCAACCCGCAGUGAACAGGGCCUAUUCCAGUAUGAUGUGCAGCCAGAGAUGCUGGAAUCUAUGAUGAGAGACUAUACCUUACUCAGCUGCUUCAAGAAAGAUGCCCAUAAGAUGGAGACUUUCCUAAAGCUACUCAAGUGUCGACAAACUGACUUAUACAACUGUGCAUAAGACAGGAAGGGAAAUGUUUAAAUAAUAAAGCUUUAAAUGAAUUCCUGAGGUUGGUAGCCGUGCACUUAAAGAGAUGACCAUGCCUUAGGCAAUUCAGCCUUGCUUGCAUUGCAAUACAUUCUUUAUUGAUUGUUUUGGAACACCAUCACAAAAACCUAGUAGGUGCAAUGCUAUGCUCUUUCUAAACCACUGCAUUUUAUAUUUCCCUUCUCAGUUGUUUUUUUUAACCUGGCAAAGGCAACAGAGGGCUUACUCCCAAAAGAUUAGUUGCGUGUCGAGCUGUCAAAAAAAUCUGCAUAUCCUGCCAUUGGAUUUCCAUUUCCUUUGUUCUUAACUGGAGUUUGUAUUCCUCGCUGGCUCUUGCAGUGUUUUGAAUAUUCCCACGGCCCCCAGAGAAUUCAGUGAGACUGUUUCACUUCUGCAUUAGUGAAAUGAAACACUUUCACCGGAGAUGGGAGUCAAGCAGAGAUCAACCACUACUUUAAAUAAGA